GCCUGAACCUGGAAAAUGCUGCUGGCGGCCCAGGAAAUGUCCUCCUCAAGGAAGAGGACGGGGUCGAAUCGCUGGAAACAGUUUACCGGGAAGCCGAGUCCCAAGCCUGCCUUUGACCCUGAAAAUGUGGAACACUGGAUUAAGAGAAUGGAGAAAGCCUCAGAAUUUCCAGUUUCGAAAGCAUUCUCUGCUAGAAAUUCUGAUUUAUCCAGAAGGCUUUGGAGCCAUAUCAUAGAUUUGGAAACACCUGAGCAAAUAGAAGAUCAUGAUGAAGUCUAUGCAGAAGCUCAGGAGCUAGUCAACAACUGGUUAGACGCCAAACUUAAGCAAGAAUUAGCUAGUGAUGGUGAAGAUGAUGCUAAAGACACAGUAUCAAAUAUUCCUUCUGUGCCAGAAGCCGGUGGGCAUUUGAAAUAUGACAAGUUUGAUGAGUUAUGUGGCUAUUUGGAGGAAGAAGAGGAAAGUACCACCGUUCAAAAAUUUAUAGACCAUCUGCUCCAUAAAGAAGUGGUGGAUUCUGGAAUGUUGGAAGGUCUUGGAAUGAAUGGAAACCAAGACAAGCAGCAGCAGAAGGAUCCUCGUCUUACCAUGGAGAUGAGACAUAAGCAGGUAAAAGAAAAUCGCUUAAGACGUGAGAAAGAACUGGAGCGUCAGAGAAUUGAAAAGACCCUGAAAAAAUCAGCCUUGUUAGAGGCUCAGUAUUUGGUACAAGAAGAGAAGAAAAAGAAGGCUCUGGAGGCCAAGAAAGAGGAGGAGGAGAUUCAAAGGUAGAUGGUAAAGCUGCGGAGGGAGAUAAUUGAGAGGAGACGCACUGUGGAAGAAGCAUGGAAAAUAGAGAGGAAAAAGCAGGAAGAAUAUUCUCAAAAAAAUACAGAAGAAAGCAUCUUUCAAAGUGAUCAUAUUCUUCUGGAUGAAGAAAAAAUGGCAAAAGAAAGAAAGAAGAAACUCAAAGAGUUAUUAAUCCAAACUUACAAUGAAAAUCAUCAGUGUCAAAAACGGUAUUUCUCUGCCUGGCACAAGCUGAUCCUUGAUCACAGGAUCAAGCUGGGAAAAGCUGGGACCCUGUCUGACUGGAAAUUUCAACUGAAAGUCCUGCGGGCCUGGAGAGACUACACGAGAUCCCAGAAGUUGGUGCGGGAGACUCAAGCCAUGGAAAAUUACCUCAGGGAAGAAAACAGAACUUUGUUGCUUAGAAAACAACAACUGGCGACUGAGUAUAACCGGAAACAAGUUCUCCGACACCGCUUUACAGAGUGGCAGCAUUGGCAUCAUGCAGAGAUCCUAAAGAGAGAGCUGGCUCGAACAAAGGAAGAAACCAGAAAGAGAAUGAAUGAGCUGCUGAAGGCAGCAUCACUAGGGAAACUCAGCGCAAAUGGGUCACCUGGCAUCAGUCUACUUGAGGAGGCAGCAGCCAUGGUGGAUGCACCUGUAAGAAAUGGAGAGGUGACUGGUGGGCCGCCUUUGUGGGAAAAGUCUCUCUCAGAGAGCAGUGAUUGCCUACCCAGCCCUUACCUAGAAAGACCAACAAAGGGCAGCUUGCAGUUUCCCUUCCAGCAAGUCACUUUGAAUGCAUCUGACAAUAAGCAGCAUGAGACCCAGGAUGUUGAGCCUUUCCAACAGCCUGGUAGCAACAAGAUCAAAACCACCAGCCAGAAAGCAAAAUCCAUAUGCAUGGGUCAUUUCCACACCUGCCAUGUUUUCCAGCAACAGUUAAUUGAAAAGCAAAAGAAGAAACUUCAGGAACAGCAGAAAACAAUUCUGGAGCUGAAGGAAAGCCAGCGGUUAGCAGAGGCGCGGUGGGCAGCCGAGAGGGCUACAGCAGUCACAGAUGCACAGAGCUGCCAGCUGUCAAACCCCAGAGAAAAAGAACCUAAGAGAACCUGCCAGGUCCUUCCAAAUUCGCCUGUUGCUCCCCCUGGAACUGACGGUAGUAGAAGUGACUCCCAAAAUUCUCUCUCUGGAGCCAGAAGGAACCCAUGGUUGCUGGGCUCUCGCUCUAAUCCUCUCGUCUAUUUCUGCCUCCUUAAAGACAGCCUCACUGCCGCCAUCUGCAGCUCCCCUACUAUCCUUUCUCCAGCAAAACAGACACUUAAUAUCUAUUGUAAACAUUCAACCUGCAAGAAAACCCUAAUAAUAACACUAAAUUUUGCUAUAAAAUGUAGAGACUUUUUUUUUGCAGUGUUCCUUAUAUUUUUGAUAUUGGAGCUGUGUUACUAUUUUCUAGCCAUGGAAGAGAGAGCAGUUCAGCGAGCUGAACGUAGGCGGAUCUUGGCAGAGAGGAAGAAAAAACAAGAAGAGGAGAAAUUGGCCCAGUUAAAGGCCCAAGAGGAGGACCGUCAGAAGAGGGAAGCAGAAGAAAAGGAAGCUCAGCUUAAGAAAAAACGAGAAGAGAGGAGACUGCAUAAAAUGAAAGAACUAGAGAAGCAGAAGAGAAUUAAGAGGAACCAACAGCUGGAAGCAGCAGCCAAAGAACAUUAUGAAAGAGUGUUGCUGAGAAAAAAAGGCCUGGAGCCUUGGAAGAAAUUGAGAAUGCAAAGCAAGCAAAACAUUCAGGUGGCCGAAGAACAUCACUCUUUGGCUCUACAGAGGAAAUGCCUGCUGUCCUGGUUCCAGUGUAGCCAGGAAAGCCUGGCUAGGAAGACCGCCUGUGCUGAUCGACUUUAUUGCCAAAUAUUGCUUAGGAGAGUCCUCCAGAGCUGGCUACAGCACGUGACUGAUCUGGAGGAAGAAGUACGAAAAUUGUGUGUACAUUUUCUUCAGAAGAAGAUAUUCAGGGCCUGGUGUAACACGGUCAGGGAGGCCAAGACUGAUUCCCAGAGCAAGCUCAAGAUUGCGGAGGAACAUAGUGACAGGAGGAUUCUCUGGAUCACAUUUGAGACGUGGAAGAAAUUUGCAAACUCUAUGAAAGAGGAAAGGAUAAAAGAAGAAAGGCGAAAGCAACUCCGCAGGAAGGUAGCUGAAAUUCUCCCGGACUUCCAGAUGCUCGCUCCACGGUGACUGUCGUAGCAGCAGCGGACGCUGGCCCUGGUGUCCCAGGAGUCCUUGGGGGAACGGUGUGCGUGCACAGUGCGGCGUGCAGGGUGGGCGUCCACACACACGUGCAUACGCCUGCUCUGUCAAAUACUUCCUGGACCAGAGGGAUUACCCGCCGAAUGUUCACUUCUUUCUUUGAUUCCUCUUGGAUUGCUAAUUCACUAAAGCAUUUAUCACAGCAGGAUUAUUCAGAAGAACAGUCUAAAGCUCAACUAUUCAAAUGCCUCCUACAUAUUUUUAGAAUCAUAAACUUUAAAAGGGGACAAGUGUUUGCUUGCCUGAGCCUUUGAAGGCCUUAUGAUAUAACAUGAGUGGUUGACAAACGUACCUUCAAGAGAAAUUAAAGGUAGUCAGUACUUAGAAAAGGAGUCACAGGUGCUCCAUUACCUAGAAGGCCAGCAUCAGGAACAGACAUUCUGCCAGGCCCCAUCCUUCUGCCCACCCCCAGUGGGAAAGCAUGUGUCAGACCGGACUCGGUGCAGCUGCGGCAAAGGGCCGACCACAGACCCUCGUUUCAGAGAUCCCUCCCUCCAGUGCAUCCUCACCAGCAUGAAGGGGAUUCCAAGAGCCAACAGCUCCAUCAGAAGCAGUCCAGAUGUCUGUUAAAAUGUGUGUUCGGGCUCACAACCGCGGCUUCACAUAAUAUGCUCCGUCUGUCGUCUAGUCCUCAGCUCCGUUUGAUCCACACACGGAGAUAACUUUCUCAAAAGAAGGGUUUACCUUGAAGGUGCAGAAGACUACAAAGACUGAC